AUGUUUCCGCGAAUUAGCGCAAUAAACCCCACAGAUAGGGCGGAUCUAUUGGCGGCCGUGGCGGAGUUUGUGACUGAUCCACCUGCUGCAAAUCACUCCAAUCCUUCAUUUCCACAGGUUUUAGUUCCCGGCAGCGAUCAUCCCGCGCUGGAAGCCCUGGCAGCGGCGAUCCGGAAGAACAAGCCCGGUCUGGAAUCCCUUCUCGACAGCAGCGCGCGAUUCUCUUCCGGGGCUUCCCAAGAAUGCCGAGGAUUUCGCGACGGUGAUGGAGGCGUUUGGAUACAAGAGCAUGGGAUACGAGGCGGGCGCGGCGACCAGGACGUAUAUCGUCGCCCGGUCUUCACUGCCAACGAGCUGCCGCUGGAAAUUCGCAUUGGAUUCCACAACGAGAUGGCCUAUCUGCCGGAUUAUCCCGACGUGGUGAUGUUCUUCUGCGAGAUCGCUCCACCGGAGGGAGGCGAGACGGGGAUCGUACAAGGCCGUACCGUAUACGACGCCAUGGCCCGCGACUACCCCGAGUUCGUACGGAACCUCGAGGAGAAAGGCCUCGUCUACUACAACUUUCUCGCCGAGAACGAGUGGAAGGAGAAGUUUGGCACGGACGAUCGAUCCCAGGCGGAGCUCAAAGCUUCCAAGUUGUCAAAGAAACUACAAUGGUUAGACGACGGACGAGUGAAAGUCUACCACGGGCCCCGCCCAGCGAUCAAGCAGCUCAAGGAAAACUCAAAGACGUGGUUCAACAACAUUGGCACUUCCAAUCCCACCACUCCAAACCUCCGGCAUUUGGAAUAUGGCGAUGGAACACCGCUUCCACUAGACGCUCUUAAAGCCUCGCUUGCAUUUAUGAACGACCACCAAGUACCUCACAAGUGGAAGCCAGGAGAUGUCAUGGUUGUGAACAAUCACGCCGUGCUCCAUUCGAGGCAUCCAUCCAAGCCUCCUCGUCGACUGCUUGUAUCAGACUUCCUAAGCUGCAAAAAGUCCAGAUUGUAACUCUGGGCGAAAAACAAAAACCAACUUUUUAUGCCACCACGACGCCACCAUUUCCAAGAAGAGGCUCUGUCAAACCUUCCAACGUGGGCUUAUGCGUUGCCUUCUCAGCGUUUUGUUUGCAGUCUGCCUCUAGGACAAAACGAUUCGGGUUGCCCUCGGACACUUGGCUGUUUAUGUUGGACUUCGCACCAGUAGCGAAUGCAAACAAAGUAAAAAAGAGCCACAAGAAACAGCAGAAGAAGCUUAUCAAAACACAAUACAACGACCCCACUCGACAGACACUAAUGGCCACUUUCGAGACGGAUCCAGCAGCAACACGAAUUUGUUAGUUUUCUAGUUAAA